AUGCCAACCUACGCAGUCCUCGGAGCAACAGGCAACACAAGCCAAUCCCUCCUCAACGUCCUGACCCAAGACNCCACCAACAAAAUCCACACCUACUGUCGCUCUAAAUCAAAGCUUCAACAUCUACAACCUGAGAUUAUCGCAAAUGCAGAUGUCAAGGUCUCUGAAGGUAACCUAAACGACACGAAAGUCAUAGCCAACUGCAUCAAAGACACCCAAGCUGUGUUUCUCGCCGUAGCAGUCAGUGGAAACGUGCCAGGCAACACCAUCGCCCAAGACACUGCGCGCGUAGUCAUUGCCGCCUUGCGCUACAGCAGAGACGNNAAACUGCCGAAAUUGGCUGUACUGUCUGCUGUUCCCACUGAGCCAGCAUUCGCAAAGGAGAUGCCAGGACUAGCUCUCGCCCUCCUCUUCCGCGCGGAAUCGGAUAUUUAUAACGAUUUGAUAGCUGCCGAGGCCUUGUUGCGUAAAGAGCACGAUUGGCUAUCAGUAACGUUUGUCAAACAAGGUGCUUUGAGUAUUGAUGAGCAAAAAGGACAUAAGAUUACAAUGCAAGCAGCCAAAGGUGUGGUUUCGUUCAUGGAUCUUGCAGCCGCAAUGUUCGAAGUGGCUGACAGUGGUGGUGUGUACGAUUGGAAAGCUGUUUCUGUUGACCCUGUUGCUGCAGACGUUGCAUUUCCGUGGCAGAACCUGCCUCUGUUGGUUAAAGGAUUAUUGUAUCAUUCCUUUCCUUGGGCGUAUGCUUGGCUUGGUUGA